AUGGCCGUUCUUUCCAAGGCGCCGAUUCACUUUGGGCCUUUUCUCGUGACCUCGCAGGUCUUUUACAUAACACCUUUAAGCUUCGCCCUCGUCAACCUCAAACCAAUCUUACCAGGUCACGUCCUCGUCUCCCCGCGCCGUCGCGUGCCGCGCGUCUCAGAGCUCACCGUCGACGAAACCGCAGACUUGUUUCUCACAGUGCGCAAAGUCGGGCGCAUGAUUGAGCGCGUGUUUGGCGCGUCGAGUCUGAAUAUCGCGAUUCAGGAUGGUGUAGAUGCGGGACAGAGCGUGGCGCAUGUGCACACGCACAUUAUUCCGCGCCGAAAAGCAGAUUUGGAUCAUAAGGGUGGCACGGAUGCGAUUUAUGGCAUGUUGGAUGGGGAGGAAGGGGAUAUGAGCAGGAUACAGAGGCAGUUGCUCAAGGUAGCUGAUGAUGAAACAGUAUCAGACAAAGAGACAAAGAGGAGGACGGAUUUUCCGGCUGUAGACAACGAGGCGCGUACGCCGAGGAGUGAUGAGGACAUGGAACGAGAGGCGCAGAUGCUGGCCAAAGAGAUGGAACAGGAAAACGAUGACUGA